AUGCAGGAGACACCGUUCUGCCUCAGGGUUGGACACCUUCUCCCCUACUCCAUGUCAGAUUCCAACACAACCGACUUCACCAACCCCUCCACCUUCAUCCUGCUGGGCAUUCCUGGCCUGGAGGUGGCCCAUAUCUGGAUCUCCAUCCCCUUCUGCAUCAUGUAUGCCAUAGCCGUCUUGGGGAACUUCACCAUCCUUUUCAUUGUGAAGAGGGAGCCGAGCCUCCAUAGACCCAUGUACUAUUUCCUCUGCAUGCUGGCCGUCACCGACCUGGUCCUGUCCACUUCCAUCCUGCCCAAAAUGCUGAGCAUCUUCUGGUUCAAUACCAGGGAGAUCGAUUUCAGUGCCUGCCUCACCCAGAUGUACUUCGUUCACUGCUUUUUAGUGAUGGAGUCUGGGAUCUUAGUGGCCAUGGCUUUGGAUCGCUAUGUGGCCAUCUGCAACCCCCUGAGAUAUUCCACCACCCUGACAAACCACAUGGUGGUCAAGAUCGGCCUCGCAGUGGUGCUGCGCAGUGGCAUAUUUGUACUGCCCUAUAUCCUCCUAGCGAGGCUGUGGCCAUAUUGCAGAACAAACAUCAUCCCCCACUCGUACUGCGAGCACAUAGCCGUGGUGAAGCUGGCCUGCGCCGACAUCCGCAUCAGUAGUUACUAUGGACUUUUUGUGCUAUUGUCUGUGAUCGGUCUGGAUGUGAUUUUUAUUGCCGUGUCCUAUAUCCAGAUCCUCAGGGCCAUCUUCAAUCUCCCCACAAAGGACGCCCGGCUCAAGACUUUGGGGACCUGCAGCUCCCACCUCUGUGUCAUUUUAGCCUUUUACAUCCCAGCUCUCUUUUCCUCCCUCAUGUACCGGUUUGGCCACACAGUGCCCCUGCAUUUCCAUAUUCUCAUUGCCAAUGUGUACCUCCUGCUGCCCCCCAUGUUAAACCCCAUCAUCUACGGGGUGAGGACCAAACAGAUCUGGGACAGGCUGCACAAAAUCCUUUUACCUGUAAAGGGUUAA